AGCGACCGCCGGCGGAUCAUCGUUCAGUCAUCAGUGACCAACCGUCCGUAGUUCCUCGCAAUUUUCCACCAACUCCGCUGCCGCUGCCGCCGCCGUUUAACGACAAAUAUGGAUACGUCGGUGUUAUGGGUAGCUCUUUUGGGCUCGAUGAUAUUGUGCGCGGUCAGUUCAGAAGCACCGCCACCCCCGUCGCCGGCGUCGCCACCGCCAUCGGCUUCCUCGACCGAAGCGUCUGGUUUCCGUAUGCUGUUCAACGCGUACCGGCAGUGUUCGGACCAACAGGACACGGUGGUGUGCUUGAAAGGAAGAGCCCUGAGGAUGUUGGACAGAGCCACGCAAAUGGAAAACAUCCAGCUCGCAGACGGCGUUUCGCUGGUGAAAAAAUCUGAGGCUAACGGCAGAUCUUUGGACGUGGAUAACAGCGAAGUAGCAGAAAACGUCGUGCCCGAAAACUCGGCCGAGUUCAGCAAACAAGUAGACUCUAUGUUGUUCGACAAGAUCUCUAGGUUUGCCCGGUCUAGGUCCCUUCAGCUGACCAUGCCUCAGUCGUUGACUGAAGAGGGUAGAGACUUCGAUGACGGUGUGUACUUGGCCGGUCGCAAGAAGAAGAAGGACAAGGGCGGUCACGUUUACUUGAUGAUGCUCAAGGGCGGUCUGCUGGCGUUGGCCUACAAGGCGCUGGCGCUGUUGGCCGGAAAAGCACUGUUGGUGAGCAAGAUAGCGCUGACGCUGGCCAUCCUGGUGGCGUUCAAGAAACUGUUCAGCGGACACGGGCAUUCGUCCAAGACCACCUACGAGAUAGUCAAGCAGCCCGUGCUGUCCCAUUCCCAUCAGUACGCCGCCCCGGGUGCCGUGGACACGUUCGGCAGCUACGACAACAGCGGACCCUACGCCAGGAGCAUAGCGCAACCCGAGAUGCCUUACCCGCAGUUGGCUGCCUACCGGGCACACAUUAAGGGGCCCAUGAUGUCGCCAUCCGGUUCGUCGCCCGUCGUUUCCGGUAUCCAACACGACACGAGUCUCAGAGACGAAGCCCUUUGAGAGGCCGCCUCACACCUCACACGCGAUUUCCACCAUAACAUGACAUCGUAAAUGUCUUAUCUAAACGGUGUAAAAAAAACCCUUAAACGGUUAAGAUUAGAACAAUAAGACUAUAACUUAUUAUUUUUUUUUAUUAUUAUUUAUACGAUUUUUUAUGAAAUUAUUUAUUUAUUUUAACUAUUGUAACAUCGUACUUUGAUGAUUUUUUUUUUAUACUAAACAUAUUUAUUUAUUUAUUUAUCGUUUUGUUAUCGAUUUUAUGUUGUAAUCUUUUCGCGCUCAAAAUAUUUAAGAAAAUCUUGUUGAAAUAUUGCCAUGAUUUGACGUACUUAUACAAUAAUAAUA